AUGGAGGACCUGAAAAUGCAUGGCACGUCUUCUUAUCUUGCCCAGAAAGUGUGGCGUGUUGGCGUCAACUGAAUAUGCUAGAUGAAAUAUCUUUAAAAAUGCAACACAAGGAGAGCUUUAAGGAGUUUUUCUUUGACACCGUAGCAGCCCAACCAAGUGGAAAGCUGCAAGUUUUCGCCAUGACUUUAUGGAGUAUAUGGCGGAGGAGGAACUUGUUGUAUUGGGAAGGAACACGGGAGCUAACGCAACAAACAAUUCAGCGCGGGGCAGAGGUGCUAAACGCAUGGAAAGGAGCACAACUCUUGAAAGAUACUCCGGUUGCAGCACCGAGAGUUGAACAGUGGACAGCUCCUCCUCCAGGCUACAUUAAAUGUAAUGUAGAUGCAGCUCUGUUUGACAAUGGCAGAAGGUCUGGUUGCGGGGUGUGUGCUAGAGACUGCCGUGGACGCUAUAUUAUGGCACGAACGGAGUGGUGGAAUACAACGUUCAGUCCGGAAGAAGCUGAAGCUUGGGCUCUUAGACAGGCCAUGACAUGGAUGAUUACCAAGCGGUAUACAAGAGUCAUUUUUGAGUCGGAUUGCAAACGACUUGUGGAUGACAUACGAGCUGACCGUGAUAUUCAUCUGGAGUAUGGGUCUUUGGUGGAUGAUUGCAGGUUGCUGCUUAAGUCCAACAACGAGUUUCAAGUUGUUUUUACUAGGAGACAAGCGAACAAUAGUGCUCAUGCUUUAGCUAGGGUAUCUAUUAAUCAUGCUUCUCCCAAAGAAUUCUCUUUUAUUCCCCAUUGUAUUCUUCACAUUAUCAAUGAUGAAAUGAAUUAAGAUUUUGGUUUUCAAAAAAAAAAAAAAAAGAAG